CUUUUGGGGGAAACUGGAUGGACGCGCAGGAAGGAUUCUCUUUAUCUUCUAAAUGCGUGAAUGAGAAACGUCACGCAAACUGGACAAAAUAGGAGGCGAUGCCCUGAAAUCUAAACCAACCCCUGAAUCUCCGCGUUGUCACUAUAGACGACACAUCCCGACUGCCCGAGGAGAAGGAGGAGGAGGAGGGGGGAGACAGGAAGAGAAAAAUGAAAAGUUGAAUGGCUGCUAGGACACCUGGUCAGGACAGGAGGGGUGACAGGAGACGAGCAGAACUACGCGCAGGGAAAAGUUGGGAGCAAGUGGAUGCGCCAGAGGGGGGUUUAGUCUCGUCCCGCGAUGCCUGCAGGACAGUGAGAGGAACAUUACAGAGAGAGCGCUGUCUGAGAGACAACACGGAGAGAGGAUCUACUUUUACAAGCCGUCCGGUGUCUCGUCCUCGGUGAAUUGACGGCGGUGCGCGGACCGGAGACCCGCACACACGCAGAAAUAACAGCCGCCCUGGCGCUCACACAUCGGACCUACGCGCCUUAGAAAGAAGAAAAAAAGGUUUUAUUAUUUCUGACUUUCUAAUUUCUCCCUUCGUUUUCUGAGUUACUUUUUUUUUUUUUUUGGAGUUUUCAUCACUUUUUGGUCAGUUCAGUGAGCCCGUUGUCAUCGCAACGUGCGUUUUUACACGACUUUCAACGAUCCUGGAUGGGUCGGGCCAUGUAAAAUUCUGCGUGGAUGCCAGCAAACCAGAUAUAGGCAGCUGGCUGAAGCACAUCCAGUUUGCCCCUACGGCCACACAGCACAACCUGACUGCGUGCCAGAUAGAUGAACAGAUCUUCUACAAAGUCACCAGAGAGAUCUUUCCCAGUGAAGAGCUGCUUCUUUUCAUGAAGGCUGAAGAGUAUCCAUGUGACACGAUGGCUCCAGACAUUCAUGAGGAAAGACAGUACCGCUGUGAGGAUUGUGACCAGCACUUCGAGUCCCGCAACCAGCUUCUGGACCACCAGAAGCAGCCCUGUGGGAUGCCCCCCUCCUCCUUCCUCAACCCAGGGGGGGACAGUGACCUGAAAGCUCAUGAACCUCAAGACCUGCGGCCCCUCCACGCAUCACACGGCCUGCAUGAGUGUAAAGAGUGUGACCAGGUCUUCCCUGAUGUGCAGAGCCUGGAGGCCCACACUCAGUCCCACUCGGAGGAAAGGGAAUAUAAGUGCGAUCAGUGUCCCAAGGCCUUCAACUGGAAAUCAAACUUGAUCCGGCAUCAGAUGUCGCAUGACAGCGGCAAGCACUACGAAUGUGAAAACUGCUCAAAGCAGGUGUUCACAGACCCCAGUAACCUACAGAGGCAUAUUCGCUCGCAGCAUGUCGGUGCACGUGCCCAUGCCUGCUCUGACUGUGGCAAGACGUUUGCAACGUCUUCAGGCCUCAAGCAACAUAAACACAUCCACAGCAGUGUCAAGCCCUUCAUGUGUAAGUCACUAAGACCCUACCUGUGUGAGGUAUGUCACAAGUCCUACACCCAGUUCUCUAACCUUUGCCGCCACAAGCGUAUGCACGCUGACUGCCGCACGCAGAUCAAGUGCAAGGACUGUGGGCAAAUGUUCAGCACCACUUCAUCCCUCAACAAGCACCGGCGUUUCUGUGAAGGGAAGAAUCAUUUCACCGCAGGGGGAUUGUUUGCCCAGGGUAUGCCACUUCCUGGCACCCCUGGCUUGGACAAAUCAGCCCUGGCAAUGGGUCACAGCAGUGCUGGACUGGCUGAUUAUUUCGGGGCUACCCGCCACCAUAGUGGGCUUACCUUCCCUGCUGCCCCGGCGUUUCCUUUCAGUUUCCCUGGCCUGUUUCCCUCUGGACUCUAUCACCGGCCACAGCUCAUUCCUGCCACCACCUCUCCCGUCAGACACCCAGCUCAUGCACCUGUUGCAGGGCCUGGGGCAGAGUUGAAUAAGAGUCCAUUGCUUCCUCCGAGUCCCGGUGCUCUGGAGUCCCGAGAGCUGCUCAAGGCUCUGCGUAAAGAUGGCACUUCACACAGAAACAACAUAACAGACUUAGAGCGACACAACCAGGGCUCCUCGUCAUCUACGAAGCAGCAGAACAAGCAAAGUGACCAGUCUGAAAGCAGUGACCUGGACGACGUCAGCACCCCCAGCGGAAGUGACCUGGAGAGCACGACAGGCUCUGAGCUUGAGAGUGACUUGGACAGUGAGAGGGAGAGGGGGGCUGCUCGAGAAAAUGGCAAAGGCCCCAAGAGGAAAGCCAGUGAGGGAGACCCCCAAAGCCCCAGCUUGUCUGGCAGCGGCCCCGCAAAAGACUUUCCAGGCCCUUCCCUCAUCCCGUCCCCGCUGGAUGAGCACACAGCUGUAACCGGAGCUGUAAAUGACUCUAUUAAGGCCAUCGCCUCCAUUGCUGAGAAGUAUUUUGGCUCAACUGGGCUAGCUGGCUUGCAGGACAAAAAAGUUGGGUCAUUGCCCUACCCCUCUAUGUUCCCACUGCCUUUCUUCCCUGCUUUCUCUCCGCCAGUUUACCCCUUCCAGGACAGAGACCUGCGGCCCGCGGGCGUCAAAGGUGAGCCGCAGUCUCCAGGAGAUGACUGUAAGAAGGCUCCCGGCAAAUCAUCCGAGUCACCGUUUGACCUCACUACCAAGAGAAAGGAGGAAAAGUUAGCCCCGUUUGUUUCCUCAAAACCAGAGGCCUCGCAUCCUCUCGGUCAAGAUCAGCCAUUGGACCUGAGCCUGGGGUCCAGGGACCGUGGACGUAAACCAAAAGAGGACGAGGCCAAGAAAAACCUGAGUUAUGAAGACGACAAGGGAGUGGUGGAGAUUCCAAAGGCCGACAGCUCCCUACAGCAUGCCCGGCCCACUCCGUUCUUCAUGGACCCCAUCUACAGCAGGGUUGAGAAGAGGAGAAUGAAUGAUCCGUUCGAGACUCUGAAAGACAAGUACAUGCGGCCGACUCCAGGCUUCCUCUUCCAUCCACAGUUUCGUUUGCCAGAUCAGAGAACUUGGAUGACGGCUAUUGAAAACAUGGCAGAGAAGCUGGAGACGUUCAACUCCCUGAAGCCGGAGUCCGGUGAGCUGCUGCGCUCCGUUCCCUCCAUGUUUGACUUCAGAGCUCCACCUUCUGCUCUCCCGGAGACCCUGCUGCGCAAGGGCAAAGAGCGCUACACGUGCAGAUACUGUGGAAAAAUAUUCCCUCGGUCAGCCAACCUGACUCGCCACCUCAGGACUCAUACAGGAGAGCAACCAUACAGGUGUAAAUACUGCGACCGCUCCUUCAGCAUCUCCUCCAACCUGCAGCGUCACAUUCGCAAUAUUCACAACAAGGAAAAGCCCUUUAAGUGCCACCUGUGCGACCGCUGCUUUGGUCAGCAGACCAACCUGGACCGUCACCUGAAAAAGCACGAGAACGGCAACCUGUCAGGAACUGCAAUGUCAUCUCCACAGUCUGAACUGGACAGCGGCAGUGCCAUAUUGGACGACAAAGAAGACUCUUAUUUCAAUGAAAUAAGAAAUUUCAUCAGCAGCACGGGCCAGAACCAGACGUCACCGGACCCUUCUGAGGAAGGGAUAAAUGGAGGUCCGUUUGAAGAAGGGAAGCCCCUGAUGGCCAGCCACAGCUCACAUGACCUGGAGGAUGAUGAAGCAGAAGACCUAGGGGCUGAUGAAGAGGAAGCUGAGGAGCAGAGUGAAAGCCCUGAGAAAAGGGAGGCCAAGAUGCUUACGAGCAACCUUAGUGACGACAUCUUACAAGAGGACAUGGAUUUCAGCGAGCCAAAUGACUUGAAAACAGAUUGCAAAACUUCUCCAAUGAGGUAUAAGGAGGAGGAGGAGGACGAGGAGCAGAGCAGCUACUCGGCCCUGGAUCACAUUCAUCGUUUCUCCGACAUGCGCAAGCUGGAGGAGAGUGAGCUGAGUGAAGGGGAUGAGGACGACGGCUCGUUUGGCUCUCCCUCUCUGACUGACGCGGUCAAACCUCCCCUCUUUAGGAAAUCCAAGUCUCAGGCCUACGCCAUGAUGCUGUCUCUGGCUGAAAAGGACUCUCUCCACUCGGCCUCCCACACCCCGGCCACCAUGUGGCACAGCCUGGCACGGGCUGCAGCUGAAUCCAGCGCCAUCCAAUCACUCAGCCAUGUAUGAUGACACCCCGCUGUGUCUCCACUGUCACCUCUCAACCCCAAUCUACCUAUGGCACUGGGAGUACAUCACUGGGGCUCUCAGCAGGGGCCCCUGAUCGUCCAACAGAGUGACUGCUGAGCAGAACCACGGCCCAUCUGACUGCCUUACACACAACGCAAGGGUCCCUGUCCUCACCGGGCCCGGCCCGCCCCCCACACACACACACACACAAAAAAUUUAAAUUGGUUUUUCGUAUCGCAGUGGCCAUGAGUAGAAAAUAAUAAUGUUAAAGUAAUAAUAGCUGUAUUUAUUCUUCUGAGUCUCUAUGUUUUGCACAGAAAAGGCAGCUGAUAGUUGAGUAAGAUGGGUGUGCUGAUGUGUCAUAGCUGGAGCGAACCUACCAGCCCAGCACAUACGGGGCAAGGAGAGCAUUUUAUGCAGAGUUUGUCUCAAAGACAGCUGGUUUCAGCCUGGCAUGUUUCACUGUGUAAUAAGCAUAGGAGCCAAAACAAGAAUCCCCUUUUUAACCCCUGGAGAUCGGCAGAUGUUCCUCAUAAAUACGACGAUAAGAGUGAAAGGUGGGGGUGAGCAGCCUUCAGAUGAAACCCGCUCCAUGUAAGGACAACACUAGCAGCGCUUUAAUAUCACUGAAGUCAUUGAAGAACAAAUGAGAGUUGUUAAACUUAAAUCAGACCGGUCUCCCAUCUGCGUUUUUGUUGCUGCGUGUGUCUGCACAAUCAAAGCACUGUACACAAGUGUCCAACAACUGUUCUCCGCUGCACUCCAUCCUGCCCACCUGCGCUAUCUGUGAAAGGAUAUAAAUAGACAGUCUUUUUAGUGGAAGAAAAGAAAACACGUUGUCUUUUUUUUUCCUUUUUUUUCUAAAUUUACUGAAAUAAGUAGCCAGUGCUGAAGUUAAUUGUUGUUCUGUAAAGGGCAAAUGCCUUUUUCAAAACCCUUGAAUUCAUCCUAGUCAACCAACAAUACCACUAAAUAGCCUGAAUGCUAGUCGUUAGCUACUCCAUGCUCAUGUGUCUUUCAUUUUAGACAAUCAUUUGUUUUCUUUUUCUUUAUUUUUUUUUGUUGGUGGUGUCGUUGUUAAUUGCUGUUGUAUUUUGAGAAUUGUAUUUAUUUCUUGGCAAACUGUAGUUUGUUUACUGAAUAGCACUGCUCUUAGCCCAGGUGAAGGAGAGAUUUCCCAGCCGGGCCUAUCCCAGAUUUCAGUGGGGUUGUAGAUUACAUUUGAGUGCCAGAUAGUAUUAAACAUACAAUUCACUCCUUAUUCUACUAAUGAAACCGGUCUAUGAAUAGAUAUACUUUAGCUUUUGUUUGUUUGUUUUUUUUUCUAUGACAAUUUAAUGAUUCAAUUGUAAAAAAAAAAGAAAGAAAAAAAAAAAAAAAGAAAAACGUUAUAAAGUAUGAAUAAUUAAAAAAGCCAGGUGUAAUUUCUUCAUACACGCAUGAUUGGUCUGGUAAGAUCUGUAUCUGACAUUUUCUACGGUUGUCUGCAAGCUUGUGAGAUGUUCAGUUCAUGUUAAUCCCUUGUGCCAAACUUAUGAUAAAUAACAGAUUACUUUCAUUUAUUCUCCCAUUUUGAGGGACCAGAUUUCCUGUUUGUUUUUGUCGUUGUUUUGUUUAUAAUCGAUUUUAAAAAGUAAUCAGCAAGUUGAGGUACUUUGUUUUAAUGCUUUCUAUAAUGUAACUGUUAUGCAUUUUGAUUCAAUACUGUGGGAGGAACAACUAAGAAAAUAAAAGACUACAA